UAAACCGCAUUGCGCGCCACCCCUACACCGCUCAAAGCCAAACGGGAAAUUCGACGAAAGUUUCGCGAUUUGUACAAUUAGCGUUAAAACAUUUAAACAUUAAAUUUUAUCCCACCCUCCCCCCCUCUCUCUCUAAACCGUACUACCUGAAGGUGUUUUGCAAACCGGUGAAGAGAAUCGUGUACGUUGUGCCCCCCCCAGUAUGUGUUAGGCUCCUCGUCUUGCGAGUCACUGGCGGUGAAUGAAUUGUCGAGUUUGGAAGAUUUAAAGAAGCGGGCUUUUACAAUGGGCGACGCAAAUGAAGAGGACACGUUUAAAAUAUUGAUUGCCACCGACAUCCACCUGGGAUACAUGGAGAAGGAUGCAGUGCGUGGCAAUGACACGUUUGUGACGUUCGACGAAAUCAUGGAGAUCGCGCGGUCAAAGGACGUGGACUUCGUGCUGCUCGGCGGAGACCUGUUCCACGAGAACAAGCCAUCCCGCCGGGCGAUGCACGCCUGCAUGGAGACGCUGCGCAAGUACUGCAUGGGCGACCGCCCCGUCACCUUCGAAGUGCUGAGCGACCAAGCGGUGAACUUCGGUGGGAGCAAGUUCCCUUGGGUCAACUAUGCGGAUCCAAACCUGAACAUCUCCAUCCCUGUGUUCAGUGUUCAUGGGAAUCAUGAUGACCCUACAGGGGCGGAAGGGCUGUGUGCGUUGGACCUACUCAGCUGUUCCGGACUCAUCAACCACUUUGGCCGGGCGACGUCCUUAGAGAAGAUUGAGAUCAGCCCCAUCUUGCUGCAGAAAGGCUCCACCAAACUGGCUCUCUUUGGAUUGGGUUCCAUUCGUGACGAGCGGCUCCACCGCAUGUUCGUCAAGGGCGACGUGCUGAUGCUGCGGCCCAAGGAAGACAAGGAUGAGUGGUUCAACCUUUUCGUCAUUCACCAGAACAGGUCCAAGCACAGCGCCACCAACUACAUUCCGGAGCACUUCCUCUAUAGCUUCCUGGACCUGGUGGUGUGGGGCCACGAGCACGAGUGCCUCAUCAAGCCCGUGCGCAACGAGCAGCGCUUGUUCUACGUCACGCAACCCGGCAGCAGCGUCGCGACCUCCCUCUCUCCCGGCGAAGCAGUUGCCAAGCACGUGGGCAUCCUUCACGUGCACGGGAAGCGCAUGAACCUUCAAAAGAUCCCGCUGCAGACCGUUCGGCAGUUUUACAUUCAGGAUGUGGUUCUGCAGGACACAACCAUCAACCCUUCUCACCCCAAGGUCACUCAGAUGAUUGAAAACUACUGUUCUGAGAAGGUGGAAGACAUGCUUGAGCAAGCCGCAGCUGAGCGAUCAGGACACAGCAAGCAGCCUGACCGGCCUCUGAUACGUCUGAGGAUUGACUACAGCGGAGGCUUUGAGCCGUUCAACACUCUGCGCUUUAGCCAGAAGUUUGUGGAACAUGUUGGGAACCCGAAGGACAUCAUUCACUUCUUCAGGCAGAGGGAGAUGAAGGCCAGAACAGGUGACGAGAUUGAUUUCGGCCAGGCAUUCUCACACGCGGCCCACGGAGAGAACACACUGCGGGUGGAAGACUUGGUUAAAGAGUAUUUUAAAUCCGCCGAAAAGAACGUGCAGCUGGCGCUGUUGACGGAACGAGGAAUGGGUGCGGCGGUGCAAGAGUUUGUUGACAAGGAAGAAAAGGAGGCGAUCUCGGAGCUGGUCAAAGUGCAGCUCGCGAAGACGCAGGAACAUCUGAAGAAAACGGAGGUGUCGUCAGUCGAUACCAUUGGUGAAGAGGUGCGUCAGUUCCGUGAGUCCUGCAAGAAAAACAUGCAGGAGGACGAGGACAUCAAAGAGGCGGUGAGCCGCUCCCGAGCAAUCAGACCCACUGGGGAGUCGAGCGAUCGCGACGAUGACGACCAAGACGACGAGGAGAGGGCGGACGAGGUCCAUACUUCUACGAGCAGGGGUCGAGGCAAGGGCAGCAGAGGUCGGGCCAGAGGUCAGGGGUCAGCGGUCACAAGGGGCAAGACGACGAGAGGAGGUCGGGGUGAGUCGUAUUCCGUGGCUGGGUGCCUGUCAGGUGAUCCGUGGCGGCUAGCUAUUUAGGGCCUCUGUGUGCCUGUGUGUUUGUCCCUCUCUCUGUGUGUCUCUGUGUUAUCUCUCUCUGCUUACGUGUCUGUCUAUGUGUCUCCUGUUCUGUGUUUAAGCUCUCUCUUAAAUUUAGCAAUCUUUGGAAGAGCGUAAUCAACCAGGUAGGGUGUUGACUGUUGUGUUUGCCGACUAUCUGUGUUGUAUUACAUUAUAUUUCUAAGUUUACUAGGUUUUGAUUUCUCUUUCAUUUGUACCUGAUGAUUGCUUGUGUUGCAAUCGAAACGUCGUAUGCUAUUGUUUAAUGUAUUAUGUUCUCUUUCUACGUGACUUUACCGAAAGAACCAAAGAGUAUUUAGGGCCUGCUCGUUAUAAAAAUUGUCCACCCUCAACCACAUCGACAGCAUAAACCGUGGCAGCUGAUGCACAAAUGUUAAUCAAAAUACCCUCCAGGGUGCGACUUCUUCUCAUCCAGAACAGACCGUGCAACGUGUAACGACGCAAUGCCCGAUCCACGAAGGAAACAUCGCAGCGAUACACUCUGCUACUCCUGACGCGUUUAUCUCGCUUGAGCACCUGAACGUGACAUUGUAGUUGUUGCUCUGCAUGUACAUCAGCCAUACGAAAGAAGAUUAUGAAAAUGAUAAGCUGCAUACGCAACUGGCCUGAGCCUGUCGGUGCAUUCCAGAUGAAUUUGGCCAUCGACAUCGUACGGUACAGGAAGUGGGUAUUCAUGUCGCUCGAUUCCGUGGAAGAAGACCAAUAGUUUCUCAUGACAGAUGUGGCCCCUGAUGGUGCAUUGUCUUUGAGUUGUGCGCCUUUUGGCGUCAUCUGGUCCAACCCAUGUGAGACUAGGCUCUAAGGAAAGCUGUCUCGGGUGUGGACCAAUCAACUUCAAGGACAGUGCAUACAUUAUCAGAGUUGUGUUUAUUGUUUGCAUUAUGACGGCAGGUAUUGUGGUCUAUGCAAACAUGACUCCUUGUAAAAAAGGUGUCAGUUUUGUUGCCAGAUAGAAGGGUAAAAUAACAAUUAUCAGAUGUGGCCCCCUUUUGUGCUUCAUACACCCGAGGAUGUUUUAUCAGUGGGAGCCCCCUCCUUUACCCCCCGACUAAGGUGGUAGUCUAUAAAAUAUAAAAAAAUACUUUUUUUUUAAAACACGCUUUAAUGAAAUGUACUGUCCGAGCUGCCCCUCCCCCUGCCCCCUUCCCCCAUCGCCUCUCCCCUCCUUCCACAUCCUCAGCCCCUCGGCGUGGCUCCCCGAGGCUUGCCGUAACGUCAGGGACCACGUGGUGAUUUACAGGCAACGUGAGUUGAGCGUGGACAAUUAGAGCCGUAAACUUGGACAAUUAGAGCCAUAAAAAAGAUAGUUUAAAUUUUUUUUUCAAUUAUAGAAUAUAGUAUUGUCAUCAGUAUGACAUACGUAUACCAAGUUUGCAGUCGACACGACAUUGGGAAGACGGUUGAAAUUGAGUACAAGAUUUGAGGAUACAACAGACAGAAUGAUUUAAAUUAAAAAGCGUGUAAAAUGUUUAAAAAUAUAUUUUUUUUAUUGUAAUUAUAGAAUAUAGUCUUGUCAUCAGUAUGACAUAAGUAUACCAAGUUUGCAGUCGAUAACACAUUGGGAAGUGGGUAAAAAUUGAGUUAGAAUAUUUUUUGAGGAUAUGAUAACAGCCGGAGUGAGUUAAAUAAAAGCGUGUAAAAACCGGCAAAAUCUUUGCAAAAAAUAUAUCCUGUCCCUGUAAUGGCUGAUAUUAGUUGCAUAAUGUCUCACCCUCCCUGCUGUGCAAAGGAUAAAAAAGCAAUCGUUCGCUAUAUUUAAGUCCAUCUUGAAAACUUAGCUCUUAAAAUUGGCCUUUAAUUCCCUAGGUCUGGCCGUGUACCUUUGCAGGUUGUUUAUUUCCCACUCUCCGUACACGGGACGCAUUAGUGGGAUCUACUACGGAUGAAAUGCGCCUUACAAAUCUACAUUAUUAUUGUUGUUGUUGUUACAGCUCGGAUUUGUUAUUCUAUUCAGGUGUCUAUUUGUUUUGUCUCAAUUUUACCCUGUAACAUGCAUUUAGAUGUUCUCCUUUCUUCUGUCCUGUUCUCUCUCGCCAUUAGCCUUAACACGUGUAAACAUUCGCGUACAAUUUGCAUAAAUCAUGAAUAAGCGUGUGUGUUCUCAACGCGCACGCAAUUCGAUGCGCCUAUCAUGACCAGCAUUGAACGGCUGAAACGUUGCAUGCCGAGUACGCGCGGAAUCCACUUAAUGGCUUUGAGGGCUGAAUUUUCAAAGAGUCGAUGUAAGCAGAGUGGGAAAUAAAUGACCUCCGGAGAAAAAGUGCUUCUCCCUCGGGCCACGUAUAGCGGGGAGCAGUAGCGCAACGGUUAGUUCUGCACUGUGUGUGUCUGCGCGUUAGACUGCUUGAAGCGUUUGUGUUAGGGCAGCGGUUCUUAAAGUUUGAUUCCCGGACCGCCAGCAUCAUCAGCCGUCGCUCGUAUUUCCUUAGAACUGCUUUUUGUGUUUAUUCUGUGGUCUUCUGUCGCCCCUCCGAUCAGCACGGUUCGCUACGUGCGGUGCAAAAGAAGUUCAACACACGUACAGCAAAUCGGCGCACACUUUCAACUGUGUGCUCUCCGUAAACGUAGCACGACUUGCGUGCGCGCGUACAAUGGGAGUGGCCGGUCUCAUUCAUUAGCACAGCUAUUAUACGAAGCAGCCAAAUAGGCGAGUAGCAUUAGUAACGCAUUAGCCACGAGUGCGUGGCUGAGACGCAAUGACCUCAGGUGUGACCGAUUUGAAUGCCGUUAGCAUUGAGCCGCUCUGCGUAACGUGCGCUUCUGUUAACGCCAACACUGCCCUUGCAUCGCUCUUCCCGUUCACGUGCAGAUGAGAAAGUUUCUCGUCCGCUCGUCGGCAAGAAAUUACCUCUGUCUGUUCCAGUAUAUGGCCAAGCUCUGUUUUUUUUUUGACAGGAGGUUGAAUUUAGCAAUCAGGUUAACUUUACAUUUGGUUGACAUUGAAGUAGUUGAGGAAAGUGUCAUGUUAUCUACGUGGUCCCAAUCAGAUGUGGACAUUUUAUCUGUUAAUGAUAAGUGUGAUUGAAAGAGAGUUUUGUCUAACAAGAUUGUUAUCAAUCAGAGUAACAGCCCAAUUUCCGACAGCCUAAAAUCGGUACUCGCUAGAGGGUUCAAUUUCGCAGUCACCCCAAAACACAUCCCAGUGGAUGAUAUCAUUGCCCUGGUCGAUGUAGCCCUCAAAAGUUUGGGACGCAUCCCGGUAGACGUUGCAAGAUCUGAAAUCGCUGCUAUCCUCAGAAAUGCUAAGAAAUCCAUUAGCAACAUCAGCAAGGAUGAGCGUUUUGAACUCGCUCAAUUAAAAAAGAGAGAUGACAUUGUCAUCCUCUCAGCCGACAAGGGCAAUGCCACUGUCAUCAUGGAUAAAACCACUUACAACAACAAAAUUCAAUAGAGACCCUACCAACCGCCUUGCUAUGAAAACCAACAAUAUCACAAAAAAUUGUAAAUGUUGUUGUUUCACGCUUCAACACACCGGUGAGCUAAAGUAGUGAACUAAUUGUCUUUUGUCAACGUGACACUUUUUUUACUGAUUGGCCGUGUCGGGUGGUGGAGGGUUACGACACAUUUAUAAAUAACGCGAUCUAAACCCACAAACGUUGAUUAUGAAUAAUAUCAUCACUAAUUCGACUUCUCUAAUCGAACCGACCAAGCAGCUCUCUCUAAAACCUUCGGCUGCUGGACCACCCAGAUUUUAUGGCCUUCCAAAAAUCCAUAAAGAAGGUACUCCGCUCCGUCCUAUCGUCUCCACCAUUAACUCACCCACCUUCUGUCUGAGACCCUGCUUCCUGUCACGGGCAAGACCACCUCAGCUGUACUUAACUCAGCUCACUUGGUUUCUCUAAUCAAGAACAUCUCACUGUCUCCAGAUGAUUUGCUUGUCAGUUUCGAUGUAGUCUCGCUGUUCACCAAGGUACCUGUACCUGACACCAUUGCAAUCAUUGAAGACUUGGUCCAACAGGGACUGAAUCCUGAUGUACCAACUUUGGUGAGGCAUUGCCUUACCAACCAUUACUUCACCUGGAAUGGUACAUUUCUACAAACAAAAUGAGGGUACCCCAAUGGGUUUUCUCUUAUCACCAGUGGUAGCAAAUGUUUUCAUGGAGACAGAUGCAUCCAGACAUCCAACCUACAUCCUUCCUUGUGGAAGAGAUACGUAUAUGACACGUUUGUUAUCUCGUCACAUGGCCUGCCAGCACUGAACCAAUUUUUCAACCACAUACAUUCCAUACACCCAUCCAUCAAAUUCUCCAUGGAAGUGUAAAAUGAUGGCAAGCUACCAUUCCUGGAUGUUUUGAUUGAGAAGAGACAUGAUGGCUCGUUGGGACACUGUCUACAGGAAAGCCACCCACACGGAUUCCUAUCUAAAGCCUGAUUCCCACCACCAUCCAGCCCAGAAGAACUCCCUCAUCAAAACACUACACCACAGGGCCCGUUGCAUCUCCGACCAGCACCACCUAGCCAGUGGACUGGAGCACGUACGCCAAGCCCUCAAUAUGAAUGGAUAUUCUGACCGCACAAUCCGCAAAGCUGUAUCCCCAACCAUAGGGAGGGAACCAUCUGAGGACCCAAUCAAAACCAUCACCUUGCCAUACAUAGCAGGAGUUACCAAAAAGAUUUCCAAAAUCUUGAACAAACACAAGAUCCAGGUUCGAUUCAACACAGUACACAAAAUCCAUGAUUUGAUCACAUCUGUGAAAGAUGUGAUUCCUGACAUGCAAUAUCCUGGUGUCUACAAACUAAGUUGUGUCUGCGGCAGCAGUUACAUUGGGGAAACGAAACGACAUGUCUCGGACCGUGUUCGCGAACACAGGGCAGAUUUGAAACACGGCAGCACCAAUACCUCUGCCGUGGCUGAUCACGGUUUGAACGCGGUGGGCUCACACCAUAUUGUCUUUUCCGAGACCAAGGUACUCUGCAAACCUUCGGGCUACCAUCAAAGAUUUGUCCAUGAAGCCAUCAGAUUUAUAAACAAAGACAUAACUUCAACCGAGAAGAUGGAUACAAAUUAAGCAAUCAUUGGAAGGACGUGAUCAACCAGGUAAAGUUUAAACUGCUUUGAUGUUCUAGAUUUGAAGCUUUCGU